CUGAACUCAGCAGCCUGUCCUCACUGCGCUCCGAGCCGCUUUACUCACCGGGGAAUUUGAACUCGGAGCUCAUUAAAGGACUAUCCCCGAACAUUUCCUGCAGUCCACCCUGCCGUCUGCUGGACGGAAGCCGCAGGAAUCUCCGCUGAAGUUGUGACGGCACGGAGAGGCGAGGAGAGGCGAGGCAGGAAGUGUUUUGAACGCGCUCGUGCUGUUUGACGCGACUUGGAAGUGCAGAUGAGCAGGAUGUCAGUCGGACCCGACCCUGUCUCCGCGGGCGGAAAAUGACUGCAAGCGUCGGCGAGCUUUCCACGAUGGUGAGGAGAUGCCCCGUCACUUUCAAACCGUUCAGGAUCUUUGUCGUCGGGGUCGGCUUCUUCAGCCUGUGCUUUCUAAUGACCUCUCUCGGGGGCCAGUUCUCGGCGAAGCGACUCGGAGACUCCCCGUUCACCACGCGAGCUGAAGUUCUCAGUGGCCAGGAAUCACGAGGGGUUUUGAGGAAAAUCAGCGACAUGCUGGAGAUGAUUAUGAAAAGAAUGGAUGCGCUGUCAAAGUUGGGGAACGCCACUGACACCCACAGGCUGGACGAACUCAGUGUGGCCUUGGACAGGAUUCAGCCUAUGGGGCUGGUGGAGCGGAUCCAGGCCAUAGCCCAGAACAUGUCGGACAUGGCGCUGCGGGUGGAGCAGAUCCUGCAGCGCAGCGUGGUCCACAGCCGAGGUAAAGAUGGAGUCUUUGGAUCCUGUGAAACUCCCAAGGAUCCCCAUUAUCCAGACUGCACCAGCAAGAUGGAUUGGAUGCGUGCUCGUUGGACCUCGGAUCCCUGCUACGCGUUUUACGGCGUCGACGGCUCCGACUGCUCCUUCCUGAUCUACUUGAGCGAGGUGGAGUGGUUCUGCCCCCCGCUGCCCUGGAGGAACCAAACUGCUACACCGACUCUGAAGCCUCUUCCCAAAAGACAGGCUGUUUUCCAGUCCGACAUUGGCAGUCUGCUGGAGCAGGUGGGAACCGGAAAGGAGUCUCUGAGCUUCAUGAGGAGACGCAUACGCAGGCUGUCGGCGCAGUGGGCCUCCGCUGCCCGGCGGCUGGAUGAGAAACUCCGCAGCCUCUGGAGAGAGCAGAAAAGGAUUUUAGUCCAUGUGGGCUUUUUGACCGAGGAGUCUGGAGACGUUUUCAGUCCCAAGGUACUGAAGGGCGGUCCUCUGGGUGAGAUGGUGCAAUGGGCCGACAUUCUCACCGCUCUCCACGUGCUUGGACACGAUGUCAAGAUCUCCGUUUCUCUCAAAGAACUGCAUGGGUUUCUGGGGGUCCCACCUGGAAGAGGAAGCUGCCCCCUCACGGGACCUUUACCCUUUGACCUCAUCUACACAGACUACCACGGACUGCAGCAAAUGAAGCAGCACAUGGGUCUUUCACUCAGGAAGCACAAAUGCCACAUCCGAGUGAUUGACACCUUCGGCACAGAGCCUGCUUACAACCAUGAGGAGUAUGCCACUCUUCACGGCUACAGGACCAACUGGGGCUACUGGAACCUCCACGGCCAGCAGUACAUGACCAUGUUCCCCCACACGCCAGACAACUCUUUUAUGGGGUUUGUGGCAGAGGAGCUGAAUGAGACCGAGAGGAUGCUUAUUCAGAGGAACAAAGUCAACAACAUGGCCGUUGUGUAUGGCAAAGACGCUAGCAUGUGGAAGCUUCAAGGUAAGGAAAACUUCCUGACAAUCCUGCAUCGCUACAUGGAGAUCCAUGGCACAGUGUACUAUGAGACGCAGCGCCCCCCAGAGGUUCCUGCCUUUGUCAAGAAUCAUGGCCUACUGCCUCAGCAGGAGCUACAGCAGCUCCUCAGAAAAGCAAAGCUAUUCAUCGGGUUUGGCUUCCCAUAUGAAGGGCCCGCUCCUUUAGAAGCCAUAGCCAAUGGCUGCAUUUUUCUGCAACCCAAGUUUGAUCCACCUCACAGCUCUCUCAAUCACGAGUUCUUCAGAGGCAAGCCUACCUCCAGAAAGGUGUCCUCUCAGCAUCCCUACGCAGAGGAGUAUAUCGGCAGGCCACAUGUCAUCACCAUCGACUUCAACAACUCUGAAGUGUUUGACGCCACCAUCCGUGAGAUCAUGAAGAUCAAUGUGGAGCCAUUCCUGCCCUACGAGUACACUUGCGAGGGAAUGCUUGAAAGGGUUCAUGCCUACAUUCAGAAUCAGGACUUUUGCUCGCCUGAGAUUCCAUUUCCUCCAGUAAACACAUCUUGGGCUUCGCUGUCAGGUCCCUUUCUGUCUUUGCCAAACUCCAGAAUGCUAACUUGGGCCGCCAACACCAGCUCCUUUCCAUCAUGGCCUCCUCUUACUGCACUUCGACUUUUGACAUCGCUCCCUGGCCAGUCAUGUGUGGAAGCAUGCCAGAGUGAAGGACUAAUCUGUGAACCUGCCUUGCACCGUUUUAUCAACAUCAAAGAAGCAUUCAGCUCGUUGGAUCUCCAGUGUGAAGGAGUGGAAUCCGAGAUGAACCACCUCUUUCCUGCCUUCUCUGCAGAGCACGCUGAAUGCAGUCUGCAGCACGAUCCACUGUUGUUCAGCUGCGCUGGCUCGAGUCCCAAAUACCAACGCCUUUGCCCCUGCAGGGACUAUCGCAAAGGACAGGUGGCGCUGUGCAGGGACUGCUUAUGACCAAAAAAGGCCCAACAUAGGGAGUUUUUUUUUUUUUUUUGUAAAGAAAAUAUCUAAGAAGAAACCCUUAAACAAGGAAAUUUUGAGGUGAAGGAGCUGUGCUGCAUAUAUAGCAACUUACCUAUUUGCCACUGUCCUUGGACUUGCUGCUUAGAGUUUUACCAACCUCUCAGGGAAUUGCAUGAUUGUAUUUUUGAAUAUAACGCUUUUGAAGUUUCACCUCGUUGAAGUACGACCACAGCCACCAUUAAACAAAAAUGACCUGUAACUGCAUAGAUGACUUCGUAGAGAAAUCAUCUCUUCUUUUCUCUUGAAGAAAUGUCGUAAAUGUGCAUUUAUGUGAAACCUCGCUGUCGUUGUGGGGAAUGGAUACGUGUACAGGUGCACCCAAAGACAUUGAUCACUUAGAGAUGUACUAUUUUACAUGUACUGUGGAAAUAUAUUUGUAAAUAUACAGUAAGUGUUGUUUAAUAAAACAAAAGAGGCAAAUUUGUUGCCAAUUUUACAUGUUUUUAAAAACACUCCAUUGAAAUAAAGCCCCACACCCAUGUGGGGCUCGUGAAACUAUUAAAAGUUUAAUUCUUCAAACUAUUUAAAUCACUUUUCAAAUAGGCAAUAUAAUAUGCCAAGAAUGGCUGCAGUGUCACAGAAGUCAUUAUCAUGUAUGCUGCUGCUGCACCACCACCGAAACCAUUCAGUAAGAUAAGAGGAUUUUAAUGAGACGUACUCCAAGACAGAGCUGGAAUUUGUCAGUUUUUUUUUUUUUCUCUUUAAUGACAGUGCAAGUGUCUCUUUGACUGAUGGUAAGGGCCAUUUCGCAAUAUGCCCAUUUCUCCUCGCAAGUUUAUAAUCUCUAAGCUAAUAUUAAAUUUUCUCUUGAUCCUCAGAAACCAAUUGCAGAAAAAUGCAUGUGUGUGGCAGCAGUCAGUAGUGAGGCUUUGAAUAUUUAAAGGAUUAAAGGUGAGGAUAUGGGGGAGGAUAUAAAUAUAUAUGAAAAAAAAAAUUCUGGGACUUAAAAUUUUAAAUAUGAAUACCGUAUUCCACCUGGAAAGUUUAUCUCAGUGUUGAGAGGAAAAAAUGCAGUUAAGAGAGGAAAAACCAGGAGGCUGGUAGAUACAGCAUGAAUAACUGAUAGAUUGAUGUUUGUUUUGUAAAACUAGGUUUGGACUCAUUCCUCUGUGAACAUUAUUUGUUUAAAGCAAAUUAGGAAACUUCACAAACUGUUCAAAAUUAUUCUGAUAAUUUGUCAGGAUGUUAUGCUUCAUUUUAACAUUAUUUUUAAUCAAAGGAGGUUGUUUUUUUCACAGACUACUCUCUGAAAAUGCCUAACAUGGUUAAAAAAUCGUAAGUGGUUUCAUGUGGCUCUCCUCAACUUUUUGGAUCUUUCUGUUCUUUUACACGUAUUUCAAUUAUGUGAAAUACCUGAAGAUGAUAGAUGGGUGCACUUUUGACUACGGGAACACUAUUCUCUCUCUGCAGGAGAUGUAAUAGCAGCGCCUGUGAUGGAAGUGUACAGACAUUCACAGGGAGGGCUGCAGUUGUCAGCGUGCGACUGAGUAUAAUCGGUCUGUCAUAAACGACCUGUAACUGCGCAAUAAGAGUGUCUGCAUUAAACAACUGGUGAUUUGUCUGCGUUAAACCGGACAAUCUCACAACACUGCACUUUUUAUGGUGUUUAUUUUUCAGUUUUGUUUGUCCAACUUGUUUGAUUGGGUCCUCAAAACUGCUUGAGAUUUCAAUCAAAGCAUGCAUUUCACUUAAAGUGUUGGUUUCUUCUGAUUUCUCCCCAGUGCUUUGCUUUUGCUGUUUUUAUUUUUCGGUACCAGAUUUUGUUUAGGAUCUCAUGUGAGGUUUCCUGUACACUUUGGCAACUGAUGACUUCAAGCAAUUUUCUGUGAUUUUUUUCACAGUCUCUGAAAGAAACACGUUCACUUUUCACACUUUGUGCAGCUUUCACUCACAAAAAAUAUGCUUUUAAGUGGAACCAUCUAUAAUUUUAAAA